UCAUGCAGGGCAGAUUUUCUUUUCGAGUUGAGUUGGAAGAAGCUACAACGACCUGACCAUGGUGAGCGAGGUGAAAAGCUGGUUGUUUUGGAGGGCUGUAUUUGCAGAGUUUGUCGGAAUGCUCCUCUUUAUAUUCAUUGGCAUCGCAUCUGCCAUUGGAAACAAGAACAACAAAGAUCCCGACCAGGAGGUCAAGGUGGCACUGGCGUUUGGGUUGGCCAUUGCCACGCUCGCCCAAAGUCUAGGGCACGUUAGUGGGGCACACCUCAAUCCGGCCAUCACCCUGGGUCUGCUGGUCAGCUGCCAGAUCAGUUGGCUGCGGGCAUUGCUGUACAUCAUUGCCCAGUUGGUGGGCGCUGUCUUUGCCAGCGCCAUCAUGUUUGGACUUCGACCUGAUUACACAAAGGGUUUAGGAGUCAACGAGUUAGCAGCUGGGAUAGGUCCAGCCCAAGGGUUCGGACUUGAGCUUCUAGGCACCUUCCAGCUGGUCCUGUGUGUGUUGGCCACCACUGAUAAAAGGCGCACCGAUGUGAAUGGCUCAGCUCCCCUUGCAAUAGGUCUCUCUGUGGGUCUGGGUCAUUUUGCCCUUAUCAGCUACACUGGGUGUGGUAUCAAUCCUGCCCGUUCCUUUGGGCCUGCAGUCGUUUCGGCGUCAUUUAAAAACCACUGGGUGUACUGGAUAGGCCCUAUAUGUGGAGGGGUCGCUGCAGCUCUGGUCUAUGACUUCCUGAUAUACCCAAGACGAGAGGACUUAUCCACACGGAUGGCUGUGCUGACCUACGGAGAGGACAAUGACUACAAUGAGGUCGACGUAGCAGAGGAGACGGAAAUUGCUGGUCAGUGGCCUAGCAGGCAAUAAUGCCAUCGUCUCCUUGUGUGGAUGAAGUCGUAUGCUAUCAUGUCAGUCUUAAAAUUAAGAUUAUGGCUGUCUUCACUUAUGCUCAAAACUGAAGAAAUUCAUCCCCCUUUUAAUGUUUUUAUCUUUUAUUCUUAUGUAUUUUUCUUAAUUUGGCAUUUGUAUUUUAUCAGUGUUAUCUGUGCACAAUCUUCAGUACACUAGAUUUAUACUGAAAUGAUAAGGAUUUCAAUAUAAGUUUAAUUGACCUCAUUCAUGUUUUAGUUAUUGUUUCAUAUGUCCUAAUAGCAACAUUUGAUACAUUUUUAAUUAUUCUACAUGUACAUGGCUGACAAAACAGUUUUUUUUUUAUUACAGAAACAUGUUUGCUAUAAGGUGAAAGUGAUUAUUAAAAAAGAUGUUUUCCCCAUCACA